GACUUCUCCGCUGUCUGACUAAUGCAGAACUCCUUCCUGGCCAACAAUUGAUAGAGCUACAGUAUCAACUUCCAAGUUUUCAACUUUCGUACCCCACUCCACUGACUCUCCUUCCAACUGUUGACCUCUUACUAAUUUUUUUUCUCGACCCAAAGUUAGCGACAUCGCCGACCCUACUCCGCUAGCGACCUGCUACCACGUAAGCCUCCUAUUCCCCCAAUUUUCUCACGGUUACCGAAACUCUCCCUAAGCAUUUAGAGCCUUCUCACUAUUUUUCUCCCUAGGAAUGAUUUCCUAUUCCAGAAUCUACCUACUGGAACCUGCCUACGAAAAAUAAAUACACGUCGAAAGCCAUUUGCGGACCGACUUUUCACUGGAAGUUUUCAAUAUUUAUUAUUGCCCUAGUGCACUCACGGUAAUACCCCCUAACCUAACCACCAUAACCCACCACUAACCAUUAGUGAGACUCACCAUGGUCAGCGACAGUUCGUGGAUCCUGUCGUUACCGUUGGACUUACAAAAACAAAUUUAUGCUGCCAUAACUAAACAUCCAGAUACGGUUGAAGUGUUUACUACACUAUAUAACCACCUUCAAUUAGCGAGCGAACAAGACGAUUCCAAGAGAAGGAAGGUGGACUCACACGAGAACCACCUGCACCAACAGAACCAUCACAAUCAAAAUCAAUCCAACCACCAAACUCAUCACCAGACUCAGUCACAAUCAAAAUCUCAUGCUCCACAACCUAACAAUGGUUCAGAUUACGGAAUGAUCACCAUCUCCGAACCAUUGAUCCCUGAGACAAUAAUCUUUGAAAUAUCCCAGGUAUCGUUCCAGUCUCCUAUUCGAAAGAAGAUGAAUCUUAUCUUCCAUCUUAUAGAAAGAGAUAAUGAGGCAUUACCAGUGUUAUCCAUAGUGAACCCCACGAAUCAAAUUCCUGAAAUUUCCCUCAUAAACUUAUCCCAUUCUAUUAAAUUAUGUAUUAUUAUACCUAUUUUAGGAAAUUCCACGAAUCCUACCAAGAAAAACAUUGUAUCAUUAUGUUUUUGGAUCAAUGAAGAUAGACAAGAUCCAAUUAUAUGUCAAAUUAAUCUUGAUGCUAUUAAGAAACAAAUGAUUAAAUUAGGGAAAUUACCAGUAAAUAUAGAACAACAAUUUGCUAAUUAUAAUGAAAGUAAUAACUUAUCAUUACAUCCAGUUCAUGAAAAUAUCAUUGAUUAUUUCAAACGACAAUUUAAAUUGUGUGGAAUUAAUCUUAUCAAUUAUUUACCAGGAACUCAUAUCUUCAAUAAUCAAUUUACUUUAAAUAACGAUAAUGCUUUAGCAUUAUCCAAUAAUAAUAUCUCCAAUACAAUCAUUAUGGUGGAUUGUCAUAAGGGUGCUAAAGAUGGAGUAUUGUUGUUUUUAAAUAGUAAUGAAUUCAAUCAACCCUUUAUAAUUUUUGGAUUUAAAAAGCCUAUUCUUCUGUUUGAAAUUUCCAGAGUAAAGGACUCAUCAUAUACAAAUAUUACUAGAUUAACAUUCAGUGUAUUAUUUACUGUUGUUAAUGAAAAGGAUGAAGAAAAAGUGAUCGAAUUCAGUAUGAUCGAUCAGAACUUCUUUCAGAUCAUUGAUGAUUUUAUAAAAGCUCAAAAUAUCAAUGACAAUUCAUUCGAUGCUACAUUUAAAGAGAAACAAGUGGAUAAUCAGGGACAAAACCAAGAAAAUAAUCCAGACAAUCAACCUCAACAGGAAGUGUUUAAUGAAGAUGACGAAGACGAUGAAGAUGAUGAUAAUUAUCAGGGUGGAGAGGAAGAAGAAGGAGAAGACAGUGAUGUUGCAGAAGAGUAUGAUAGUGAAGCAGGAGGUGAUAGUGGAGAUGAAGAAGAGGGAAGUGAAGUAGAAGAUGGUAAUUUCAAUAAGAAUAAAGAGGUUGAGGAAAUCGAAUAAUAACGGCACUACAAGACUUGUAAAGAUAGUUAGCGUUCGUAUAGGUAUAGCAUUAACUAAAUAAACAUAAAUAAAACGAUAAUAUGGAAUGUAUAAUGAAAUCAUUAGAGAUUAAU